UUGUCUCACAAUACGGUAACUUUUUCUAGGUCACCCAUUUUCCUGUCAUCGGUUAUCCGCGCACUAAUGAAGGCGUUAAUACUAAUUGGCGGCUAUGGCACUAGAUUACGUCCCUUAACUCUUAGUAUCCCUAAACCACUGGUCGAGUUCGCAAAUAAACCAAUGUUACUACAUCAGAUCAAAGCUUUGCUGGAGGUUGACAUUACGGAAAUUAUUCUUGCAAUCAACCGCGAAGCCGAAGUUUUGGAAUCUAGAAUAAGAGAAAGCUGUGAUAAAGUUAUUCAGAACACAAAUGUAAAGAUCGUUUUUUCAUAUGAAAAGGAAGCACUGGAUACAGGCAAUGUCUUUCACUUCUAAUGUCUUGGUCACUUUAGGAGGUCCACUUGGACAAGCAGCACCGUUUUUAACAGGGGAGAGGUUUUUUGUACUCAAUAGUGAUAUCAUCUGUAACUAUCCCUUCAAAAGGAUGUUAGAAUUUCACCUAUCCCAUGGAAGAGAGGGAACCAUGGCAGUCACAAAAGUUGAAGAGCCUUCGAAGUAUGGUGCCGUGGUACACAAUGAUCAGACAGGUCUUGUGAAACGUUUCGUCGAAAAGCCAUCAGAAUAUGUUGCCAACAGAGUUAAUGCUGGACUCUAUAUCUUUGAGCCUAGUAUUCUCAGGCGUAUUGAGGCCAAACCAAUGUCCAUUGAAACAGCUGUAUUCCCAGCAAUGGUGAGGGAUUCUGAACUGUACUGUAUUGAGUUCUCAGGAUUCUGGAUGGAUAUUGGUCAACCUGCAGAUUAUCUGACGGGCAUGCGAUUAUAUUUGGGCCAUCUAUAUGAAUGUAAAUCUCCUUUGUUAACGGUCGAUCCGAAUUUGAUAGGAAAUGUUCUUGUUCAUGAAACUGCAAAAAUAGGUCGUGGUUGUCGAAUCGGCCCCAAUGUAACUAUUGGUGCAGAUGUCGUAAUUGAGGAUGGUGUACGUAUAUCUAACUCAGCCAUUUUUUCAAAAUCAGUUAUAAAAUCUCAUUCCUGGUUAAAUAAUUGUAUCGUUGGUUGGCGAUCAGUUGUUGGUAAAUGGUUCAGUGUACACACCAUGUCUACAAAUAUAACGCACCAACCUUCACAUAUUACUCGUAAUCAGCGUUCCAUGAGUAAUAAAACUUGGUCCCAUGGUUGUACAGUUUGGUUUACAGGUCUCAGUGGAGCUGGUAAAACGACGUUGGCAUUUGCUUUAGAACGUUAUCUAGUUAAUCAAGGCAUACCUGCUUAUGUAUUGGAUGGAGAUAAUAUUCGCUCUGGUUUAAAUAAAAACUUAGGAUUCAGUGAUGAAGAUCGUGUGGAAAAUAUUCGACGUGUCAGCGAAGUAGCUAAAUUAUUUGCUGAUGCAAACAAUAUUUGUCUAACUAGCUUCAUUAGCCCAUUUGAAAGUGAUAGAACUGCAGCCCGCGCGUUACAUUCUCAACAUAAUCUACCAUUCUUUGAAGUUUUUCUAUCUACUCCAAUUGAAGUAUGUGAAAAACGUGAUGUAAAAGGUCUGUAUAAACGUGCACGUGCUGGUGAAAUUAAAAAUUUUACUGGUAUCUCUGCAACUUAUGAAAAUCCAACAAAUCCUGAUUUAAUUCUAAAUACUGAAAUGUAUUCUGUACAAGAGUGUAUAUCCAAAUGUAUACAAAUGUUAGCUAAAGCUGGUCUAGUGCCUAAUUAUGAUGAAAUCAAUCCAUUUGGUGGUCCUAUGCCUAAAGAACUCUAUGUGACUGAUCCUUUAGAAGUUGAAAAAUUAAAGGCUGAAUGUUCUUCUAGUUUACCACAUUUAAAUAUUACCGAAUUAGAUCUUCAAUGGAUACAAACAUUAGCUGAAGGUUGGGCUACACCAUUAAAAGGUUUUAUGCGUGAAGAAGAAUAUUUACAAGUUCUUUAUUUCGGUCAAUUACAAGUACCAAAUAGUUCAGCGACAACAAAUUUUUCAAUUCCAAUUGUAUUAGCUGUAUCCAAUGAAGAUAAAGAAAGAUUUAAUGGCAAUGGUUCAUCAAUAGCUUUAAUGUAUAACAGCAAUAUUAUAGGAAUGUUACAAAAUUGUGAAAUUUUUCCUCAUCGUAAAGAAGAACGAUGUUGUCGUAUAUUUGGAACUGCUCAUCCUGAUCAUCCAAGUAUUCAAAUGAUUAUGUCAUCUGGUGAUUGGUUAGUUGGUGGCGACUUGAAAGUAUUUGAACGAAUCAAAUGGAACGAUGGUCUUGAUCAAUAUCGUUUAAUGCCCAGAGAAUUACAUAGUGAAUUAAUGAAGAUGAAGUUGAAAGGACAACCGAGAGCAGUCUCUAUAAAAUCACUGAGAUGGAAUACGGAAUUGGAGAGGAAAGCACAAAUGCUGUCUGACAAGUGUCGUGUUGGACAUGAUACAAAUGCUGAUCGUAAAAUACCACAAUUUCAAUAUGUUGGACAGAAUUGGGCAGGUGCGAAAGACAUAAAAACCGGAUUUCAAUUAUGGCUGGAUGAAUACAAGAACUACGACUUCUACACAAAAACCUGUCGUAUGGGUCAGUGUGGUCAUUAUACUCAGAUUGUUUGGGAAGACACUACUGAUGUUGGAUGUGGUGUUACGAAUUGUCCCAAUUUCCCAUACGGACUGAGCAUUGUGUGCAAUUAUGGACCUGGAGGUAAUUACAUUGGACGCCAAUUGUACAGAACAGCUUGA